UCUAUGCACACAAGGGAUGGACCUGGUUCAUGCCUGAGUUCCUUUGUCAGUCUUCAAAACUAACCUUUACUUGUGCCAACAACUAUGUUCCGAUUCAAUGAUAAGGAAGAUAGAGUUGGGGUAGGAGUCUACGAUGCGAUACUAAUGUAUAGUUGGGGGAGAUACAUGAUAACUAUGAAUAGGAAGCAAAAACUAUUAUGUUAAAAAGUUCGAGGGUGUUACUAGUAUCUGUUAUGAAUCUCCCAUCAAUAUUAGAUAUCGGACAAUUCUUAUCACCAAGGCUUAAACAAAUUAGAAGAGGCAAACCCUUCUUUUCAAAGUUACAAAUGUUUCCUGUAUAUUUCUUAUAUCAUAUAGUAUAUGCAGAUUUCCUUGGUCAGAUCUCUUGAUCCAAUCUGUUUGGGAUACAAAAUUAAAUAUUUCUUUCCAAGUUUUAACUAAGUCCAAAACCUUUCUCAAUAACUGAAGUUCCAACCAAUUUUUCGAAACAAGAAUGUCUACACAAAAAACGAACCUCACCGCAACUCCCAUCAGUUCUUAUCCUCAAUUCAUCCACGUUAUCAGAUUCCCCUUCGCAUUUGCCACGUUAUAAUCUUCAUUUCUAUCCAUCGUUUAGAUAAUUAUUAUAAAUCCUUUAGUAUUUGUCCAAGAAUUUUUAAGUGAUCAUGGAAACAAGAAAGAAAAACAUUAGAAUUGUGAUGUUGCCAUGGCUAGCUCAUGGUCAUAUCUGCCCAUUUCUAGAGCUAGCAAAAGCACUUUCAAAGAGAAAUUUCAUCACUUACCUCUUUACUACACCAGUAAAUCUCACUUUUUUCAAACAAAGACUUUCUGUGAAAGAAUCCAUACGUAUUAAGUUAAUGGAAAUCCAACUUCCAAAUUUGCCUCAACUUCCUCCUCAUUUUCACACAACCAAUGGCCUUCCACCCCAUCUCAUGAACACUUUAAAAAAGGCAUUUCUCAUGUCCAAACCUGAUUUUUUCACAAUUCUUGAUACUUUAAAACCAGACUUAAUCAUCUAUGAUUUUCUCCAGCCAUGCAUUCCAACAAUGGCUGCUACAUUGAAUAUCCCAGCUGUCCUAUUUCUCACUCCUGGUGCUGCAUCAAAUAGUUAUCAUUAUCAUGGUAGGAAUAAUAAUCCAAGUUCUGAUUACCCUUUUCGCGAAAUCUUUUUUCGUGAUCAUGAGCAUAGGAAAAACAAGGAAAUAUUCGAUUUGCUUGAGAAUGAUGGCAUUGAUGAGAAAAAUGGUGUCACGAGAUGCUUUGAAAGAUCACAUGACAUCGUCUUGAUCAAGACUUUUAAAGAGCUCGAAGGCAAAUAUAUCGAUUACCUCUCAGUGUUGUUCAAGAAAAAGUUUGUUCCAGUUGGCCCUCUUGUUCGAGAAAUUGAGCAAAAUGGUAAGCAACAUUGUGAGAUCAUUGAAUGGCUCAAUGAGAAAGAAAAAUGUUCGACGAUUUUCGUUUCAUUUGGGUCUGAAUGCUUCUUGUCCAAUGAGGAAGUUGAAGAAUUGGCACUAGGACUUGAGCUUAGCAUGGUGAAUUUCAUAUGGGUAGUUAGAUUUCCAAUGGGAGAAAAAAAGAAUAUUUUAGAGGUUUUACCAAAAGGAUAUUUUGAGAGGGUUGAGAAUAGAGGGAUAGUAAUUGAAGGAUGGGCACCACAAGGAAGAAUUUUGGAGCAUACGAGUAUCGGGGGAUUUGUGAGCCAUUGUGGUUGGAGUUCAGUAAUGGAGGCGCUUAAUUUCGGUGUUCCAAUUAUAGCCAUGCCCAUGCAACAUGAUCAACCACUAAACGCAAGGUUAGUGGUAAAUGAAGUAGGGGUAGGAAUGGAAAUUCAUAGAGAUGAGGAAGGAAAUCUUGGCAAAGAAGAGGUGGCUAGGAUUGUAAGAGAAGUGGUGUUGGAGAAAAGUGGAGAGAGAUUGAGGGAAAAAGCGAAGGAAUUUAGUGAGAUAAUGAGAGAAAAUGGAGAAAAUGACAUUGAUGAGGUGGUGGAAGAGUUGCAUAAGCUAUGCAAGAAAACAUUAAGGCAUAACUACUACCUAGGAAAACUAUUUUAGAAAGAAAGAAAGAAAAAAAAGAGCCUUAUUUACCUUUUAUCUUUUUCUGUUUUGUUUGUCUUAGUGAAAAGCGGAGCCUUGGCAUAACGAAAGCUUCUUUGUCUGGUUUUCUUUCUUUGUUCCUUUAACUUUAAUUUGUUCAAUGAAUUUCUCCAAAGAGAUCAUUGGUGGGAUUUGUCUUUGAAAAUCAAUCCUUUUGAAUAGAGGGCCGACGUAAUGGAACAUAGUCCCUAAGUUUCAUUUUAUGUGAUUGCGUCUGAUUGGGGUCGUGACUCGUAAGUAUAAAGUUUAAAAAGAAAGACUUGAAUUUUAUGGUCUAAAAUAAGCCAUAUACACUUGCAUGAUUAUAAAUUUUUCAUUAAGGGUUAGAUAGGAAGUGUAUAAUUAACUUAUUUCUAAAUAUAAAAAUAUGUUCUUUUCGGCACAGAUUUAAAUAAAGUUCAAGAGAGAGAGCGAAACGUAUUUUUUGAGUGUCAAACAACAUAAAGAAUGUAUAAGGUUCACUAUACCACUAGUAUUAUUUUGAAUAA